AUGCCUCCUCCAUUUCCAGAACAUGGCCAAAACCAUAAUCAGUGGAAUCCUCAAUCCCCAACCCAUCAAAGCCCUAAUUUUCAAACUCCCACUUCUCAAAAUCCUAACUUACGCCCAUCCACUUCCCCCAAUCGAUGGAACAAUCAUAACCCUGCUACCCCGAAUCCGUGGAGCCCUAGGACUCAGGGGUUCCCAAACCCUAACCAAUUCCAAAACCCUAGCAACCAGCUAAACAACAAUCAAACAUUUAUUCAAGGACAAGCCUUUACUCCUCCACCGCCACCUCCUUCAAUCACUGAUUUGGCAUUUUUGUGCAAGGAGGGUAAUGUUAAAGAAGCAAUAAAGUUGAUGGACAAAGGGGUCAAAGUUGAUUCCCUUGAAGAUGCUAAGAAGGCCCAUGACCACUUUCUACAGUCUUCUUUUAGGAGUGAUCUCAUGCUCAACAACAAGGUGAUUGAAAUGUAUGGGAAUUGUAAAAGCAUGACGGAUGCAUGUAGGGUGUUCGACCAUAUGCCCAACAGGAAUAUGGAUUCUUGGCUCUCGAUGAUGCGGGGUUACGCAAAUAACACCAAUGGGGAUGAUGCCUUGCAGCUGUUUGAGCAGAUGAAUGAACUGGGUUUAGAGAUUACUUCAGAGACUUUGCUUGCUGUGUUGUGA